GGGGGUAGAUGCUGGUCAUGUCAAGGUUCCAUUUCUGUCUAUUGUGCCUCUUUGUAAUCAUCUUGUUUAUUGGAGUGAUUAUCGUACGCCCUCCAUACUGUCCCUUUCAUGUGUCCUUUAAAGGCAUUCCUGUAGACGGGCUCUAGCUUUUCCAGCUGCUGAUCAUAUAUUUGUAGCAAAUCAUUUUUUUUAUACAGUUAUGAUAGUAUGGGUUCAUCAAACUCUCCCCUCUAGUCUCCCUUUAUCACAUCUGAGUUGUCUGUCUCCUUUACAGAGGCUUUUUCAAGUCUUUUCCCUUGUCCCAUCUUUACAGGUACAGAGCUGACACAUGGUGCUUUUAAAAAGGUGGAAGAGGCAGCAAUGUCUAGUGGUCAGAGCAGAGCACUAGGAGUCAGGAAACCUGGAUUCCAUUCCAAUCUUUACUACUGACUUGCUGUGUGACUCUGGGCAGACACUUAGCCUCUCUGUGUGUCAAUUUCCUCCACUGGAAAAUGAGGUUUAUUUGCUUUUGAAAAGGGCUUUGAGAUCCUGUGAUGACAAUCAAUAUAUAAGGGCAAAUGAUAUCAUGUAAUUAUUAUUAUUUUGCUGCCCAUGCAUCUCCAGGCUCUGAUACUGUGUCAGGCCAGAAAGCUUUGUUUCAGUUCCUGGUGUACUUUGUUUCCAGAAUAACUUUUCAAUUGAUCUCACCAUGGGACAUGUUCCUUCCAAUAACAGAAAAUAGUAAAGGUGUCUGAUAGACAAGCCCCCUCACCCCAAAGGCUAGUAGAUCUCAGCCACAAAUACCCUGGCCCAAUUUUCAGAGAAAACAGCUCCCAGGUAACAAGGAAGGGGAAAGCAAUGCAACAGAUUCUGAUUUUCCUUCCCUGAGAGUUAGGUAAGUGCCCCUGCAAUGCAGGCUUCUUCUCACCACUCCCUUCCAAGCAGCACCGAUGAAAACUAUUUUGGGGCUAACUGGUCAUGAUACAAUAUAGCACUUAAGUACAUGUUGAAAGUUAAUAGUCCCAUUAUCUUCAAAGUACUACACUACCACUGACCCAACAGAUUGCUGAAUAACAGAGGUUUGUAUCAGGCAUGUCUCAUAACACAUGGAAUGGGUGAUAGCCCCCAAAGGAAUCUCUUCUGGGCCUCACCGGUCCCAAGGGAUUGCUCUGAGAUGCUGGCAGAUUGGAAACAGAAGAGCUGUUGUUUUCUCCCACCGGAGGCGUACAGCUGGCAAGAGAUGAACAAAUUACGGGAGCAGCUAAUCGGGGCUUUCAAGGAGCAAACAGAGAUGCGCCGCAGCCUCAUGGAGCUGGAGAACACCAACACUGAGCUACACAUUGAUACCUCCAGGCAUUUGCUAACGAUUACCGACUGGGAACGAGAGAAGACUCAACAUGCUCGGAAGCGUUAUAACAAGCUGGUGAAUGGAAAGGAAGAUGAAAACAUGGAGGAGGCAGACAGAGAAGUAGAGGGGGGCAGGUUCCCUGAACCUCAUGAAGUCACUGUAGCAAGAGAGGAGAUCAAUGUGCUGUUGGCAGAGCUACGAAAAACAGCAACCUUAAAGUCAGAGCUGGAGCAGCGCUUAGCCAAUGCCAAGAAAAAAGCCUCCCAGAUGGAGAAGCUGUUACCCAAACAAAUCACCAGUGAGGACCAGCGAGAGGUGCUGAGGCUUCUCUGCAAGGCUCAUAAGCUGGAGGUGGGGAACACGGAGUUGCAGGCAAAUGCCUUGUACAAGGAGAAUCUGCUAUGCCAGAAGGAUUUUGUCAUCCAGCAGCAGCAUGGGCUGUUCUGCGAGGAAAUCAUUCAGCAGCAGCAAAUGCUGAUCAAAGGCCAUGACAUCCCUGUCCCAGAGAUGCUGGGGAUGCUGUAUCAACUGCACUGCCGUGAGCUAGAAGAGGGGACCCUGACCCACCUGCUCCUGCUUCACUCUGUGUUGUCCAGCACGCUGAGGGGUGGCUGUGCUCUGAAUAUAGCUCGGCAGCUGGACCUAAACAAAGAGGCCAGAAAAGGGCUAUCUGGCAACAGGAAGGGUCUUCCUUGUGGAGCAAAGUUUGAGCUUCCGUCCAUUGUCUUGGAGUCAGACAGUGACAGCUACAGAUCAUCCAAAACAACACCUACUAGGAAGCUGGGGAAUCCAGAUACUCAUCUCAGCCCUACUUUCUUUUGCUUGCCAAGAACCCCACUGCACCAGCUCUGGAAAGCAAAGCAUCGGACUCCCUCAAGCCACAAUAUGGACAAUGUUUCUGAGGACCAGCUGCCCCGAGCUAAACUCUUCCAGGCGUUGAAGAUCAUGAGCAACUUAUCCCAUGCCACUCCUGCUGCCACAAAGGUCAAAUUCCCCAUCAAUCACCAUACAGGCUAUCAAGAAGAAAAUCCAUUACAAGUGCUGGAGAUAGGCAACACUCCCCCAAGCACCGUUCAGCAGAGCAAUGCAGGUCAGACCAGAGGCCAGGUCCUACAAAAGCGAGUCAAAGGUUUCAGAGGAACAGCCGUGUUAGUCUGUAUUCGCAAAAAGAAAAGGAGUACUUGUGGAGUGAAUGAAAAAGGUGGCUUUCCAUCUGGACCCAAAAUAAACUGUAUCUCUUUCCACCUCUGACCAAUGCUGAGAGUGCCUCGUGCCAAUCAGGGAGGUUCAAGGCUUAGUGCUUCCUUUACUCUGGGACACUGAGG